AUGGAGGUUUUCAUGGAUGACUUCUCGGUUUAUGGCACCACUUUCGACCAAUGUCUUUCUAAUCUUGAUAGGAUGCUUAAGAGGUGCAUAGAGACAAAUCUUAUGUUGAAUUGGGAGAAGUGUCACUUUAUGGUGACGGAGGGGAUAGUGUUAGGACACAAGGUGUCGAGAGAAGGCAUAGAGGUGGAUAGGGCCAAGAUAGAUACCAUAAGUAGAUUGCCUCCACCUACUAGUGUUAAGUCCAUUAGGAGCUUUUUGGGUCAUGCGGGCUUUUAUAGGCGUUUUAUAAAGGAUUUUUCCAAAAUCACACGCCCGAUGACUAGGCUUUUAGAGAAGGAUGUACCUUUUGUCUUCGACGAGGAGUGCAUCAAGGCGUUCGACUUCUUGAAAGAAAAACUUGUUAGUGCCCCGAUACUUGUUUCGCCUAAUUGGAGCUUACCUUUCGAGCUCAUGUGUGACGCAAGCGAUUAUGCCGUAGGUGCGGUCCUAGGUCAAAGAGUCGAUAAACACUUUCAUCCGAUCUACUACGCAAGCAAAACUCUAAACGAUGCUCAAGAGAACUAUACCACGACGGAAAAGGAACUCUUAGCCGUAGUGUUUGCGUUUGACAAGUUUCGCUCAUAUCUCGUGCUUUCUAAAACCACCGUGUUCACCGACCAUUCCGCUUUGCGAUUUCUGUUUCAAAAGAAAGACGCAAAGCCGCGUCUUAUUAGAUGGAUUCUUUUGCUCUCCGAGUUCGAUAUAGAAAUUAAGGAUAAAAAGGGAGCAGAAAACGUGGCCGCCGACCACUUGUCACGAUUAGAGGAUCCAAAGAGAGAGGAGGUUCGUGAGGAUUCCAUAGGAGAUACCUUUCCCCACGAAACCAUAGAUUUUGUUAGUGCCGAGGUAGAGGGUUUGCCAUGGUUUUCGGAUUUGGCAAACUAUUUGGCAACCGGAGAUCUUGUGAGGGGUAUGUCUUACCAACAAAAGAAAAAGCUUCUUAGGGAGGCUAGGAAGUACAUUUGGGACGACCCUUACCUCUUUAGGAUAGGUGGAGAUAGAGUGCUUAGGAGAUGCGUUUCAAAGGAGGAUGGUUUAGACAUCCUUAGACAUGUGCACGAGGGUUUAACGGGGGGCCAUCACGGAGCGAAUGUGACGGCACAAAAGGUUUUUGAUAGUGGGUUUUAUUGGCCAACGGCACUUGCACGCUACGGUGUCACUCAUCGUCUUUCUACCGCGUACCACCCGCAAACUAGUGGCCAAGUAGAGAAUGCUAACCGAGGGGUGAAGAGAAUCCUAGAGAAAACGGUAGGAAAAAGUAGAAAGGAUUGGUCGGAAAAGCUCGACGACGCUUUGUGGGCAUUCCGUACCGCCUAUAAGACACCGUUAGGCACAACACCCUUUAUGAUCAUGUAUGGCAAAGCUUGCCAUCUUCCGGUAGAAUUAGAGCAUAGGGCAUUGUGGGCAUUAAAAACCGUAAACCUUGACCUUACCGAAGCCGCAAGGAGGAGAUUCUUCCAGAUUCAUGAGUUGGAAGCAUUGAGGGAUGCCGCUUAUGAAAGAUCAUGGAGUAUCAAGGAGAAAACUAAGGCAUUGCAUGAUAGGCGGUUGAGAGGUUUGAAAGAUUUUAAGGUAGGUGAUAAAGUACUUUUGUUCAACUCACGGUUGAAAUUGAUAGCAGGAAAAUUGAAAUCGAGGUGGAGUGGCCCGUAUGUGGUGAAAGAAGUGUUUCCAUACGGCACGGUUGAGCUAUACGAUGAGGUCGACAAAGGUGUGUGGAAGGUGAACGGCCAUAGACUGAAACAUUACUUGGGAGGUCCUAUUGAUACUACUGAAGAGGAAGAAAUUCCUCUAGAGGACCCACCUACCUUUGCCGAACAGUGA